AUGAAACCGGAAGGUGCAAAAGGAGCGGUGGUUAGUGACGACGUGGGCGGUGACUCCGCCAACUUGGCCUACUGUUCUGAUCGCAUCACACUCUUAAGCCGAGCGGACAUUGAAGCUUUCACUUGUUGUAGUAACGGUGCAGGUGGUGGUGGCGCGUCUAAUUCAGAGAAUCAUAACGGUGGUUGUGGGGGACUUGCGUCAGAGGCUCAAUCAGUGGAUCCCUGCAGCACUUUAGACACAUGCAUAGCGGCACUUCCAAUGUUCUUGCAAUCGGAGGCGCUGGUGCUACGACGACAUGAACAGCAAUUCAGGCAUCACAUGAAGGAGCUGGUAGAAUUGACUGAAUGUAUAACGUUGCUGUGUGAUGGGUCGCUACGGCAACACGCGGCCGCUGUUGCGGGGCAACCUGCAGAGCAGUCGGCAGAUGCGCAAAGGGCGGAAAGUGCUGCGUUGCACCGUAUGUUGCACCGGGCGGAGGAAUUGGAACGCUACGUGCGCGCCGCAGCUGUGGAGCGGUUGCGCAGUGCGCAACGGAUGGUGCUAGCGGCUAGCACCACGAAGCGGAGGGAGAAGGUUGGGCGAAAGUCGGCAGUACGACCCCCGAAAGCAACGAAGUAG